AUGUAAGGAAACGAAGAUAUUAACAAAGUGUACACUUUGGAGAAAACUUUAGGAGAGGGAGCCUUUGGAGUUGUUAAAAGAGCAGUUAAAAAGAGCACAGGUGAACAUUUCGCUGUAAAAAUAAUUAACAAGGAAAACCUAUCAAACGAAGACUUAUUGGCCUUGUAAACAGAAGUCGAAAUUCUUACUCAAAUCGAUCAUCCUAAUGUUGUGAAAUUGUAUGAAAUUUACGAAGAUGACACAUACUUCUAUAUGGUCUUGGAAUUAAUGACAGGUGGAGAGCUAUUCGAAAGAAUAGUAGAGAAAGACCACUUUAGUGAAAAGGAAGCAGCUGCUACACUUAGACCAAUUAUUGAUGCACUCGCAUAUUGUCACAAGAUGGGAAUUGUUCAUCGAGAUCUCAAACCAGAAAAUCUACUUUACUCAACCAUGGAACCAGGAGCCUUGUUAAAAGUAAGUGAUUUUGGACUAGCUCGUUUUGUUGGUUCCGAAGAAGUCAUGAUGACCCAAUGUGGUACUCCAGGUUAUGUGGCUCCUGAAAUCAUCAAUGGCAAAGGAUACACCGAAGCCAUCGAUUUCUGGUCUGUUGGUGUUAUUCUCUAUAUUAUGUUGUGUGGCUUCCCUCCCUUCUAUGACGAAGAUAACGACAAGCUCUUUUCAAUGAUUAAAACUGGUAACUUUGCUUUUCCUUCACCUUACUGGGAUCAAAUUAGUAAUGAAGCAAAGGAACUAAUUAAAGGCUUAUUGACUAUUGAUCCAGCCAAAAGACUCACAACUGACAAAAUCCUCAAACAUCCUUGGCUCCUCAACAACACCCACAAAUCUAUUGUCAAUCUAUAAGCUAAAUUAAAGGAUUACCGUGCAUCCAAGAAAAUUAAAAGAAUUGCUAAUGUGCUUACCAUUGCAAGAGGAUGGGGUAAAAUGGCCUAAGUUAAGAAAAAUUGAUAUCAUUAGAAUAAAUAAUAUUACAUUUAUAUUUAGACAGUAAAA